UUCCUUUUUAUUUAUGGUUAUUAAACCUGUGUGUGUUUACAGAAGGAAAGUACACCUGAAAAGUUUGAUGGCAAACCGCUUGGAAACCUAAGUCAAGGUGUUGAUAUUCCAGUUUCUCAAAAGGUAGAACAAGUUGCUGCAGAAAAUCUGAAAACUUACAACAUUGAAACAUUUCCUUCUGCGCCGAACACAGAAAUGCCAUAUACAAUCCAGGAAGAUGAAAUUGCCAUUACCUUGGAAAACCAAGAAAUCUUACCUGAAGUUUCCAAAUUUGCAGACAGAGAAUUGGUUCAUUUUGAGCCUCCUAAAUCGCCAAAUAAUUUUUCUUCACAUGAGCCACUAAAUCACACAUUGCUGGAUCCGCAGGAAAAUGUGGAUUUUGCAGAAGCCAGAAAAUCUGAGAAACCACCUUCAGCUUUGGGAAAUAACACAGCAUAUUCCAUGAAUGACCAUGUUCAGAAGUCCUCAAUGACAUGUAUAACACUACCACCAAGAUCAGCAGCUGAAAACAGAAUUGUCAACCAAAGUCCUUUGGCUUUUCAAGACACAAGAGUCAAACAUCUUUUGAAAACAAUGGAUGAGAAUCUUCCAGUUCCAACAUGGCAGUACCAAGAAAAAGACAGCAAUACGCUCUUGGGGAUAGAAACACCACAGCUCUUACCAAGGCUAAGACAAGUUACCCUGAGAGACACGUUAACUAAAAAGAUCUCAUGGAUGGGACUGUCACAGCAACAGCCCAUUGGCUCCUUCCCCUUUUGCACCAGUGGGUCAAGACCACCAGUGUUCCCCUUGACCCAACAGCAAACACUUACAGUGAGAAGCCUGAAGCAAUCAAAAGAAAAGACCAAAGAAUUUUUCAACAAUGGAAAUGUUAGAAGGAACUUUGCCCCACUCAAGCAUACAGCUAAAGAUAUGGACCUGAAUCUUCCAGUAUUGUCUCUACCAUUUCAGACAAAGUCAGUUAAAAAGUCUGAAAUCCUAAAACUAGAUAUCACAUAAUCUAUCCCUUGGGAAGAGAAACG